GCCAAUCACUCUGGAGCGCGCGGGACCCCGGGAGUAAAGUCAGGCUGCGGAGGGCCCGGAGCGCGGGAGUUGGCGCAGCGGAGCCAUGAGUGGUCUGAGCGAGGGGGCCAUUGCGGCCAUAAUGCAACAGGGAGAUACAUCCAUAAAACCCAUCCUCCAAGUCAUUAACAUUCGUCCUAUUACUACAGGGAAUAGUCCACCCCGUUAUCGACUGCUUAUGAGUGAUGGAUUGAACACUCUAUCCUCUUUCAUGUUGGCAACACAGUUGAACCCUCUUGUUGAGCAAGAAAAAUUAUCUAGCAACUGUAUUUGCCAGAUUAACCGAUUUAUUGUUAACACUUUGAAAGAUGGAAGGAGAGUAGUUAUUUUGAUGGAAUUAGUAGUUUUAAAAUCAGCUGAAGCAGUUGGAUUAAAGAUUGGCAAUCCAGUGCCCUAUAAUGAAGGGCAUGGACAGCAGCAGGUAGUUCCUUCUCCAGCCUCACCAGCCAAUCCACAAGCCAGCAAGCCCCAGCAGCAGAAUGGGAGCUCAGGAACAGGCUCCCCUGUAACUAAGGCUUAUGGUUCCUCAAAGAUAUUUGGCAAAUCUGGAGGUAGCAGUUUGGUGAGCGCUUCUGGGGGAACACAGUCCAAGGUGGUGCCCAUUGCCAGCCUCACCCCUUAUCAGUCCAAGUGGACUAUCUGUGCCCGUGUUACCAACAAAAGUCAGAUCCGCACCUGGAGCAAUUCCCGAGGGGAAGGGAAGCUCUUCUCUAUGGAACUGGUUGAUGAAAGCGGUGAAAUCAGAGCUACUGCUUUCAAUGAGCAAGUGGAUAAGUUCUUUUCUCUUAUUGACGUGAACAAGGUCUAUUAUUUCUCUAAAGGCACCAUGAAGAUUGCUAACAAACAGUUCUGUGCUGUUAAGAAUGAUUAUGAGAUGACCUUCAAUAAUGACACUUCUGUUGUGCCAUGUGAAGAUGGUCAUCACUUGCCUGCAGUUAAAUUUGAUUUCACAGGGAUUACUGACCUUGAGAGCAAGCCUAAGGACUCGCUUGUUGACAUAAUUGCGAUCUGCAAGAGCUAUGACGACGCCACUAAAAUCACAGUGAAGUCUAACAACAGAGAAGUUUCUAAGAGAAAUAUCUACUUGAUUGACAUGUCAGGAAAGGUGGUGACCACUACUCUGUGGGGAGAAGAUGCUGAUAAAUUUGAUGGCUCCAGACAACCUGUGAUGGCUAUCAAAGGAGCCAGAGUUUCUGAUUUUGGUGGACGGAGCCUCUCUGUACUGUCUUCCAGCACGGUCAUUGUGAAUCCUGACAUCGCAGAGGCCUAUAAACUUCGUGGAUGGUUUGACUCAGAAGGACAAGCCUUAGAUGGUGUUUCCAUCUCCGACCUGAAGGGUGUGGGAACGGGCGGGAGCUACACCAAUUGGAAAACGUUAUAUGAGGUUAAAUCGGAGAACCUGGGCCAUGGAGAUAAGGCGGACUACUUUAGUUCUGUGGCAACAGUGAUUCUUGCUCGCAAAGAGAACUGCAUGUACCAAGCCUGUCCAAAUCAGGAGUGCAAUAAGAAAGUGAUUGAUCAACAGAACGGCUUAUAUCGCUGUGAGAAGUGUGACAGUGAAUUUCCCAAUUUCAAGUACCGCAUGAUCCUGUCAGUAAAUAUUGCUGAUUAUCAUGAGAAUCAGUGGGUCACUUGUUUCCAGGAUACUGCAGAGGCCAUCCUCGGACAGAGCGCUGCUUAUCUUGGGGAGUUAAAAGAGAAGAAUACACAAGCAUUUACCGAGGUGUUCCAGAAUGCCAACUUUCGGUCUUUCAUAUUCCGGAUCAGGGUCAAACUUGAGACCUACAAUGAUGAGUCUCGUAUUAAGGCCACUGUGAUGGAGGCGAAGCCUGUGGACUACAGAGAAUAUGGCCGAAGACUGAUCGCCAACAUCAGGAAAAACGCAGUAAUGUGUUAGGCAGAAGUUUGAAAAUAAAGAGCUGAAAUGAAAUUGAUUUCUCUUCUCCCCGUGUGACAAUUCCACAUUAGCUACACAGCACAUAGAGCCUCUUUGUGGUAGACUAAGCAAUUUCCUCUUUUUGUGCAUUUUGAAACCAUUGGAAGGCCAAAGAAAAUGUGCUCCGAUGGCUGUGGUCUGAACCAACACACCCAGGGUGUCAGGGUGGGCAGGAUAGUACGAGUCACUCCCUGUGUUCAGGCUUUUGUCAUGUUUUUGUAAGAUUUCAUUAUCUUGAAGCAGGAAUUACGGCAUAGGCAGUUGACCCUUAAUCUGCUACAGUGAAAUAAAUUGCAUAACUAAGGUUUCUACUUCUCCAGGGGUGACACCUUCACAAUUUGGGAUCCUUCUCAGGAGGGAGAACUGAGAAGUGCUUGUGUGGAACAUGGGUGUUUUAGUAAGUGUCUCUUCCUAGAAUUCAAAGGCUCUCUUCCUAGAGAUGCCAGUUAUAUUAAUGCUUGGAAUGGUAGUAGGGUAGAAUUAUUAAUCAAAGAUUUCUCUCUCAUAUCUGAAGAAUUCCUUCCUUUGGGGUUUAAUAGACUGAGUCAGAUGGGUCUGAUGUUAAUCAAAAUUGUCUCUUCUGAGGAAGGCUGAUAAGCAUUGGCUUGCCGUCCCCGGGGGACAUCCAGGCAACUACAAAGCGUUACUUUAGUUUUCUCUUCAAUAGAUGUUGUGUUUGUUUGGCAAAUGCACACUUUCCCUACCUGUACAUACUUCUUUUAUUUAUGUUUCCUUCCCUGAAUAAAGCCAUGUUAAAUAGAAGAGAUUUUGAAGGGAGAAGUUUUGUUUCCCUUGCUUUGUCUUAAUAAACAAUAUAUCCUCUG